AUGGUAGGCUCUAAGGCGAAGGAUGUGGACGGGUAUAAGUUAUGGUACUCAGAUAGCGUGAGAUAUAGGAAUGGGGUGGAUAUCUUAGUAGAUGAAGAUCUUAGGGGGCAGGUGGUGGAUGUUAAGCGGAUUAACGGUAGGUUGAUGUCGAUUAAGUUGGUCAUUGGAGGAUCUACAUUGAAUGUUAUUAGUGCCUAUGCUCCGCAAGCAAGGUUAGACAAGGAGGAGAAGAAGCACUUUUGGGGGGUUUUAGAUGAGGUGGUGAGAGGAGUUCAAAGCAUCGAGAAGCUUUUCGUUGAUGGAGAUUUCAAUGGGCGUAGUGGGUCUUCGUAG